AAUAUUGUGAGAGAAAACCUGGCAUUAAACGGGAAGAGAUUUCCAGAAUCAAUAUAAAUCACAAGGAGGAUCAAUGAACGUCCGUAUUCCUGUUUAACCCUGAUAAAAUUAGUUUCUUAAGCAAGUGCGUGCAUGUGUUUUCUUUAUCAGUUGCGGAAAUAAUACACACAAACAAUAAUAAAACAAAUCUGAAAUAAUGUUUUAACAUAAUAAUCUCAGUGGGAAAUUUUACUUUAAAAUCCGCAAUUAGUAAUAUCGAUCCUUUAUAUUGGAAGUGUAUCAUGUUAAGUUUUUACUUAUUGAAAGAACGGAUAUAGGAGAGGUUUAAUGAGGGUAAAGUUUUACCCAUAAAUGAAUGAUUGGUAUGUUUAAGAUUAAGGUUAAGGUUAAAUAAAGGCUGUUAAAGCAGGUAAAUAUACAAUCGGACCACUCUGAAACAUAGCAAUACCGUAAAUGCGUGUGAUAAAUAAUCCAUAGGUUCAGCAAAAAAGAAAUUUAAAGAUAAAAGAAGAUCAUUUGAGGAAGCGUUAUGUUUUAAGGGAAAUAUUAGUGAAUGAGUGAAGAUAUCUUAAGACAGAACUUGGCGUUUGAACUUGUUGUGAUUUUUUAAUAACAUUAAGAAAAAAAUCAAGGAUGGAUACUUGUAUAAUUUUAAUAGUGCUUUAGUAAGCUGUCAGGACUUAAGGUAUAUAACUGGCAGACAGCCCGUGGAAGUUAGAGGAAAGCCAACAUCUCAGAAAGAGGGAGAGAGAGCAGCUAUGCUGAGCCUGCUAGACACGGAGGAACAGACGCCUGAACAGGCGCGGCUGUACGAGGCGUGUCUUAAAGGGAGCCGCGAGGACAUCCGGAAGUACGUUAGUCAGGGCGCCCUCGCAUCACAACACAUUAAGGAUGGUAUGAACCCUAUGCACGUGGUGGCGGUGGCCGGGCGGGCAGACGCCGAGGCGAUCCUCACCGUGCUGCUGGAAAGUGGACUUCCGGUGGACGCGCCGACUGCUGGCGGCGGCGAUACCGUGCUACACCUGGUAGUGGAGCACGUGGAGGUGCAGCAGGCCUUUCCACUCGUGCUCAAGAUCCUGGAGUAUGGCCCAGACCUCUCCAUCCGUAACAGGAAGCUGCGGACGGCGUACGACAUAGCGGUGGCGCGGGGCGAGUUCGAGCUGGCGGCAGUGCUGGACGGCUCAAUGACCGCCCAGGAGGCGCGUCAGUUCUACACGGACAAAAUUGCCGCGCUGUACGGGAGAAGGGACCGGAAGUUGUCGGCGCGGACAAAACGCCUUCUUCAGGCGCGGUUGGUGGACGCUGUGCUGCGCAGCAACGAGCAGGAGAUUGCGGACUUCCUGAAACUCGGCGCCGACCCCAACUACGUAAACGAGCACAAGAACGGGUCGAUCCACUACGCAAUCACGCACUGCACGCUGCCACCACAGCGGACCCUCAAGCUCCUUAUUGACGGCGACGCUGACGUCAACCUCACCGAUGAUGAGGGCGACACGGCGCUCAAUCUUGUGAUCAAGAGUUCGCGGCUGCGAGACAACGGCGACAUGCGCACGUGCUGCGAGCUCCUCGUGCAAAAUGGCGCCCUCUCCACCUCCAAAGACCUGGACGGAAACGACGCGUUGGCGCUGGCGACCAAGCGGGGUUAUGACGACAUCGUUCAGCUGCUGACGUCAAACCGGGGGCGUCACGUGCAGCAGGAACCACGCAGCAGGCCGUCGUUCCAACUUCCGGUACCCGAGGAGUCGGACGAGGACGGUGAGGAGGCGGAGGCUCCCCCAAACCCCGUAAACGAGCAGUCAGCUCGGGAGACAGUGAUACCCGUACAGGUAGCUCCAGCCACUCGGCCACUGCCGGCCGUGCGAUCCACGCCGCGGUUCCCACCACCCUUGACCGUCACGGAGGAAGACGAGGAGGAGGAGUCGCCCGUCCCGCCACCUGUUAUGCCCCAGGAAGCGCUCGUGCGCGCGUGCCGUGAAGGAACGCUUGCUGACGUCAAUGAGGCGCUGUUUACGCUGAGGGCCGACCCGAAUAUUCCUGACGACACGGGCCUGUACGCGCUGCAUCACGUGCUAAUCCGGGGAGAGUUCGAAGAUGAAGAGGAGCGUCUGGACAUGCUGCGCUCCCUUAUAGAGUCGGCGGCCGAUAUUAACAUAAAGACCGUAAACAGCGAGAGUAGCGCCUUGCACGUGGCGGCCACCAAGAACCAGGACCACUGCGCCCAGCUGCUCCUUGACACACACAAGUGCGACUACAACGCCAAGAACAAGCACGGGAAAACGGCGUAUGAAGUGGCCGAGGAGGAGGAGUGCCGCGAGGUGAUGGACGUCAUUGAAAACCACCGCCGGAAGGUCCGGGAUGGCAUGCAGAAGGCCGCCAAGGCAUCUACAUGCACCAUUAUCUAGAAUACACACAAACAGAAAAUACUACAGACAAUGAUAUUGUUGCCAUCUUGUUAUUUCAACAUCAUUAUACAGGUUAUGUUAAGCUAACCUUUGGACUAUAUUUGGAACUCAUUCAAACAAAACAGGUUCAAUAAGUAAACGUUACUGGAUUCUCUACAAGAGGAAAUUGUACACUAGCACAAAGCGGAAGAAAUAAGCAUGGGUAUUAGUAAACAUCGUGAUUUAUCGGCACCCUAGUUAUUGCACGGUUAAACUCCGCCCACUGGUGACGAUUCGUAUACGGGGUUAAAACACCCAAAGAAAACCAGUUCCAUCAUUGUACAAUGAUGUACAUGUUUAUUUAUAGCUUCUGAUUUUGUCUCAGUCCCCUUCAGCUUACUUUCCAAUGGAGGUAUGCUAAAAAGCAAUUGCACGGUGCGCUCGUGGACAUGUUUCAGACUGUGAUCUAUUUAUAGCUCGAUUUGUGUCUAUCAAUUAUUAAAGGUGUUUAUUGUUCUAUGCACUUUAUAAUAAUUAUUAUUAUAUAUGAUGCACCAUUACAAUGUAUUGGCUGGACCAAUACUAGCGUGAUGGAUCAUUAAAUAGUUUAUUAUUAAAUAUAUUAUUAAACAGC